AUGGAGGGAGCAAGAACUUGGGAUCGUCAAAUAGCAGAGAAAGAGGGCAAGACACUUGCGCAGGUCAUCUGGGACGAUGUGGAGAAUAUUCCCAAGCACGAUGUUGCAGUCGAAGACCCAAACCCUCCGUUCCACGCCGAGCGUAACCCACUUCAAACAGGACACUCAGCAGAAGAAGCAGAAGCCAUGGCUGCACACCUGAAACGAAGUCUUGAGGAUAUGGUGGUCACGAUCUUUAAUGCUGCAAAGAGUGCUGCAGAUACUGCCACGUCAGACGAGCCACUAAAGGUACGCUGGGUGGAGGCCUACUUCCCCUUCACAUCACCCUCUUGGGAACUGGAAGUCUUCUGGCAAGGUGACUGGCUCGAAGUGCUCGGCUGCGGCAUCGUGUCACAACCCAUCCUGAACAAUGCCUCGGUUCCCGAUCGUGUAGGGUGGGCUUUUGGCAUAGGUCUCGAACGCAUAGCCAUGUUGCUCUACUCCAUCCCGGACAUACGUCUGUUUUGGUCAAAGGACUCUCGCUUCUUAUCGCAGUUCAGCGAGCAGAAAGCCAUUCGUCGAUUCGAGCCUUUUAGCAAACACCCUGCAUGUUUCAAGGACGUGAGUUUCUGGUUGAAGAGUAGCUCGAAUGCCGCUGGUGGCGCCGCUGCUAUUCAUCCGCCUGCAGGAGGCGCGACUCACAGUUCAUCCACGACAUCCCCCAACCCAUCCUCUGCUCCUACAACUCCAUCUGGCACGCCAAUCCCACCAGCAGCCCCGGCGCCAUCAUCCUCCAGCUUCCACGAAAACGAUGUGAUGGAAAUCGCACGAGAGGUCUGCGGUGAUCUUGUUGAGGAUGUGCGUCUAACGGAUGAAUUCGUGCAUCCAAAGACUGGGCGCAAGAGCAUGUGCUACCGCCUCAACUACCGCAGCUUGGAACGCACACUCACGAACAAGGAGACUAAUGAGCUGCAUGAGCGGAUGAAAGGCAUGCUUGUGGAGAGGCUGGGCGUUGAACUAAGGUAG